AAUAAAGCUAACAGCCCUACAUAAUACGCUGAUGACAUUCUACGCUGCAUCGGGAUCGAUAAGUCAAGAGAGUGUGAUGCCUAGAAAUCUCAUCUUGGAUUCUCCUGAAAUGGCAUCUGAAAUCUCUCCAAAGCACGCACGUGGGAGCGUGGAGAGGGAUGGCAGUGUGGAGAAUCACGGCAGCCAAGCUAGGUGCAGAAAUCUUGCCUUGGAUGAUGAAAGUCUGAAGUACUUAACUCAUGAAGAGCAGGAUGUUCUCAUGUUUUUUGAGGAAACUAUAGAUGCCUUAGAAGAUGACUUGGAGGAGCCAGUCCUACAUGAUAGUGGCAUCCACUGUCAGUCUCCAAGGUCAACAGAAGAAAAUGUGUCCAGUCAUUCAGAGACUGAAGAUAUCAUCGACUUAGUACAGUCAACACCUGAGAGUAGCGACCAUGAAGGCACCCCUAGCAGAGAUACAGAACCAGGUAUGUUGAAUGCUACCUGGAGAACUGAGAGCCCUAAGCCAGCUGUACCUGCUGACCUUCCCCCACAUCCCCCUACGCCACCGCCAGCGAUGUCUGAGACUCUUCCUCUUCCUCCUCUACCCCCUCCUCCAGUGCAGCAUCCAAAAUUACUUCGUUCUAUCCCUACUCCACUCAUCAUGGCUCAGAAGAUGUCUGAGCAGCAGACGGAGAGCAGGGUGCGCUUCCCCAGUGCCCUCAAGGAAGGGAAUUUGGACAAGAAGAUCCCAGUAGUCAAUGGUGAUUAUUCUGCAGCUCCAAAGCACCCUCCUGCACCUGCACCCAAACUGUACCGGUUCCCGAGCAACAUCAACAUAACAAAUGUCAGUGGCAAAGAAUUCAAUGAGACUAUUUCAAAAGCAGCAGUUAAUGUCCAAGAGCGGAGAGCUCAGGUGCUGGCCAACAUCAAUGGAGGAGCUUUUCUGGCAGCUGAACUGGAGGAGAAGCUGCAGAAAAGUGAUUUCUUGUCACGUAACAGAAGUUCUUCCUUAAGGGAUCUCUCCUCUGAGCAAACACGAUAUGAGGCCCUGACAAAACUUGGCCUAGUUAAGGGGAAGCCAGCUCAGGACCAAGUGGACCAUGCCCCAAACGCUCAGCAGCCUGAUGUGCAGCCCAAACAGGCAGACACUGUUCCCAAUGGAUAUCAAAACAUCCAUGAGAUUUUAAAAAGUGAGCCCAGCCCUUUCCUUCCUAUGGGCAAAACGGUAACAAUCAAACCAGAGGUAGCUCUUGCUGCUAACAAGGUCAGCAGCGUGCAGCAGAACACAGCAAAAAGUUCUAAUGAUUAUAAACAACCUAGUCUGAACCUGGAUAUGAGGAGGAGAUCAGGUUCACUGCCUAGACCUUCAGGAUUUCGAUCCCAAGGGAUAACAGUAAAGUUUUCUGGCCGUGGCUCAACAGAAGAAGCAAGGAGAGAGGCACUUCGGAAACUGGGACUACUGAAAGAGACUGCGUAGUUCUGAUGGGAAUGUUGUGGCAACAGGGGGGAAAGUCAUAGCAUGGCUUUGUGCUAGAAUAGUCCCGAGAGGGUUGGGAUCAAACGGAUUGGAAGAAGAAAGGGGAAGUUCUCUGCUUCAGGCAAGCUAAGGAGGCACUAGACACUGUGGAAUGACUGCUUAUGUUUGUCUCAGAAGGACUGGCACCACGUACGGCCACGCAUGGCAGUGGGUUUUAGCUCUCCUUCCUACAGAGAUACUCAUCUGUUGCUCUUUGAUUCAGAGGAAUUCUAUUUAAGUAAUGCUGGACUAUAGUAGACAGCAUCUCGUUAAUGAAGUGUACAGUGCAGUAUUGUUGUACAUAGCAAACCAAAUGGCUCUAAUCUUCCUUUUGCUUUUAAGCCAAAACAGAGCGCAGUUUGUCUUGCCCACAUGCAUAUGUCUGUCUGUGGGAGCUCGACAUAACGUCAAAACUGAAAUUUCUGACCAGCAUGGCACACUUUUGUGACUUUUUGUUGUCUUAUCUGGCUUGGCUUUGUUCCCUACCAGUGGUGGAGUCUUCUGCUUUCUUGCUCUGUGCCCACUUGGUUCAAGACUGUACAGAGGGUGGUUUCUGUUUUGACCUUCUCCUUGACAGAGCAGCCCAAGCUUUGAGCGGGUGACUGCAUCACUCUGCUGCUUCACUUGAAGUCUUGCCUUUCUUCCCAGCCAUCUGCUUCUUGGUCAUGCUCUAACAACCUACGUGUCCAGUGAAAGGCACCAGAUAAGCCUCAAGGAUAUGCACCAUGCACUGGUUUUCACACUGACAGCCAAAGAGACUCCUGACAAUCUGUGACCCCAACUGUUCUGUACCAGUGACAAUCUCAUAGCAGAGAAGCCAUAGGAACAAGUUAACUUUGAACCAAAUGCGAGAACCGCAUGUCAAAAGUCUUAGGUUAGGGUUCCCGUGAAGAAACUGUUACAUUUUGAACAAUAGCUGUACUACACUGAAUAGUUGUAAGUUCUGUUACUUCUAAACUCUUCCCGUAGUUUGACAGCCCUCAUAAUCCUCUGUUCAGAGCCUUAUUUGAUUUUGCCCUGCCAAUGCAUAACAGAAGUUACAGCCAAAAUUCUUGCAGGCUAAGUGGAGUUACAGGAGAGAGCUGUGUGUAAAAGCACGUUGCUCCUGAAUGGUCCAAGUUGGCGUGAUUUUGCCUUUGUUCAAUGCUUUUAAAGAAUGGUCCCAAAAUGUAUUUGUGUGUUGGUAUAACUUUUUUUUUAAUACAGCAAAGCUGCUCUUCCACGUUAAAACUCCCUUCCCUUUUUGUACACCUGAAAACAUCAAGAAUAGCCAUUUUAAAAUCAAAUGCCAAACUUCAGACCCUCUCAAUUUCUUGUUAUUCCUGCACGCUUAAGAGUUCUCAGUGUUUUGGUUUUUUUUUUCUAAAGGGAAAAUCUCACUUAUUCUCUGCACUUUCUAAAGCCUCAAGCAAUCCCCUCUUUUUCCCAAGCAGCUGAGUAAUAAACCUUGGGGAAGAGGAGGGGAGUGGCUAUAAUAGAAACUGACACACCCGUCAGCGAGGAGCUCUGACAUAACUGUGAUAAACAAGUCUGUAGUUCUUGUGAUAAAGUAUUUCAAACUUGCUGAGCUAUACUUGUAAAUGAAGCUGUUGUGAAGGAAGAAUCUUUGCGUCAUUGUCAACCUGCCUCAUAAGUUAAAGUUUUUUGGGUUUGGGUUUUUUUUUGUUGUGGUUGUGUGUUUUUUUUUAAAUUAUCUGCUUGCUGCUUAAAUUUUUAAUUGUGUUGUUAUGGUAUCUGGCUGGUUCUGUUAUGUAGUUAUUCUUUUCAGCCUUUUCACUGGGUAAGUGAUCAUGUUGCUCAUUGUGACAGGCAUACUAUACAUAAGCAAUCAGUAAUUAAAAGAUGUGGCCAUUCCUCAGUCUGGCAAAGCACUUACGCAUGCAUAAUCAAAUGUGAGAAGUGCUGCUGGAACAAAAAAGGCUGCUUGUAUGCCGCGAGUAAAGCGCAUACUUAUUUUGCUGGGCUCUGAGUCUGUAGUCCUAAAUCAGAAAGACAAGGAAGCACAUAAAAUAUAUCCAAGCACCUGUUUCAGGGCAGCCUGGAGUGGAGUACUACAUGUGGAUAAUUUAUUAACAUAACCUGCUAAGUGAAUUUAAAUGUUUCAUGACACUUGUGCUUUUAAAUCCUGUUAAAGCAUAUUCUUCAUUAUAAAUGUGAAGUGUGUUCAAAGCAAUCUUCACAUCUAAUCAUUUCUUGCCAGUUGUUCUUUGUGUUGUAUACAGUUUGAGUCCAUACUAAGCAAAUAGGGGAAAAGAAAAACCCAACCCUGGCACUAAUUGCUUCAUUGAAAUUCAGUCCUAUUCAAUAACUCUGUAACAUAACCCUAUUUAAAAAAAAUAUAGAUGUUUAAUAUCUAAAGUAUAAAGUUGCAGUAUGCUGAAUUAGCUGGAUCAUGUUUUUUCAUCCUUUGUGCAGGGCUGCAUCCUCAACCUGUGGGAAGUGACAGUUAGAUCUUCAUUAGGUAAAACCAGUUUCUGCCCAGUGAGGACUUGGAACGAGGUAUUCAUUGUGGCCCUUCAUUAUAGCAAAUAGCCUACUGGUGAAUUCUUCUCUGUGCCUAAAACUGUAGUAAGUAAAGCCAUGUACUAAAUGAAGUUAAGAGUCUAGCUGCUAAUAACCAGUAUAUAAAUUUAGCUCUAUUUUGUGUAUCUUGUUUUGUGUGUAUAUGUUGCUGUGAUUUUUAUUUUUUCCUCCCCUUUGUUAGAGGUAACUGUCUUGCACAUAUCUGAUAAAUCGUCUAUUAAACUGGGAUAAAACCAAUGAAA